AGUGUUGAACUUGUUGAAAGUGCACCGGAAGUGAACUGAACGCGUUGUAGGAUGGCUAAAGAAGUUGUUCAGUGUAUCUAAAAUCCAUUUGUUGUUGAUUUAGCCCUGUGCGCUCAGCGCUGACAUGGCACACAGAUAUCUCCACCUCUCCAGAGGUUGCAGGAACCUUUACGGCGUUCUUUUACCUAAUUUCAGAUCACCAAAGGCAGCGCGACUGGUAUCUACCCAGACUGACGCCCUGCAGAAACGAGUGUUGCUUUCUCAGGUGUUGGACACGUACAGACGGUUAUGCUCAAAGCCCCCGAAAGGAUUUGAAAAAUACUUCCCGAAGAACGGGGAGCCCAAACCACAAAACUCGGAGGCUCAAGAGGCCAAGCCGAACAAUGGACAGAAGAACUCUGGGAAGUCUGAUGGUGGUGGAGGAGGAGGAGGAGGCGGCGGAGCUGCUGGGGGGGGCGGAGGCAAAAAGGGAGGAAAGAGGGAUGAGAACAACUGGUUCAACCGUAUCCAAAAGGGCGAAAUUCCGUGGGACGACAAGGACUUCCGCAUGUACUUAAUGGUUUCAGCGACUUUUUGGGCAGCGGUCAGUUAUUACUUCUUCCGGGAUGCAGGAAAAGAAGUCACCUGGAAGGACUUUGUCAAUGGCUACCUGGCUAAAGGAGUCGUGGACAGGUUGGAGGUUGUGAACAAGCGCUUUGUGAAAGUUGUAUUCUCUCAGGGAAAAGCGGAAGCUGAUGGGAAAUACGUGUGGUUUAACAUCGGCAGCGUGGACACGUUUGAGCGGAAUCUGGAGACGGCUCAGAUGGAGCUGGGUAUCGAAAUGGAGAACAGACUGCCUGUGGUUUACUCCACUGAGAGUGACGGCUCUUUCCUCCUCAGCAUGCUUCCCACCGCACUCAUCAUCGGCUUCCUGCUCUUCAUGCUGCGGCGAGGACCCGCGGGAGCCGGGCGGCCUGGCAGGGGCAUGGGUGGCCUGUUCAGCGUCAGCGAAACCACGGCCAAAGUGCUGCGUGACGAGAUCGACGUCAAGUUCAAGGACGUGGCCGGGUGCGAGGAGGCCAAGCUGGAGAUCAUGGAGUUUGUUAACUUCCUGAAGAACCCCAAGCAGUACCAGGACCUUGGGGCCAAGAUCCCUAAGGGUGCCAUUCUGACCGGACCUCCCGGUACUGGGAAGACCCUGUUAGCAAAGGCGACUGCAGGCGAAGCGAACGUCCCCUUCAUCACCGUUAAUGGCUCCGAAUUCCUAGAGAUGUUUGUGGGCGUCGGUCCAGCCAGGGUUCGAGACCUUUUCGUUUUGGCGCGCAAGAACGCCCCCUGCAUCCUCUUCAUAGAUGAAAUCGACGCGGUGGGGAGGAAAAGAGGCAGGGGCAGUUUCGGAGGGCAGAGUGAGCAGGAGAACACGCUCAACCAACUACUAGUGGAAAUGGACGGAUUUAACACUGCCACCAACGUCGUGGUUCUGGCUGGUACGAACAGACCGGACAUCCUGGACCCAGCACUGCUGAGACCUGGACGCUUCGACAGGCAGAUAUACAUCGGUCAUCCUGAUAUCAAAGGCAGAGCAUCAAUAUUUAAAGUUCACCUGAGACCCCUGAAGCUGCGUGAAGAUUUGGACAAGGAGAAUCUAGCUAGGAAGAUGGCUGCCCUUACACCUGGCUUUUCAGGCGCUGACAUUGCUAACGUGUGUAACGAGGCAGCGUUGAUCGCGGCUCGCCACCUCUCUGACGCCAUCACGCAGAAACAUUUUGAGCAGGCUAUCGAGCGUGUGAUCGGAGGUUUAGAGAAGAAGACGCAGGUGCUGCAGCCUGAGGAGAAAAAGACCGUAGCGUACCAUGAGGCAGGACAUGCCGUAGCUGGGUGGUACCUGGAGCACGCAGACCCUCUGUUAAAGGUGUCCAUCAUCCCACGUGGUAAAGGUCUGGGCUACGCGCAGUACCUCCCAAAAGAGCAGUACCUCUACACCAAGGAGCAGCUGAUGGACCGGAUGUGCAUGACGCUCGGCGGCCGUAUCGCUGAGGAGAUCUUCUUCGGUCGCAUCACCACAGGAGCGCAGGACGACCUGAGGAAGGUGACGCAGAGCGCGUACGCACAGAUAGUGCAGUUUGGGAUGAACGAGAAGGUCGGUCAGGUGUCCUUCGACCUCCCUCGGCAGGGAGACGUGGUUCUGGAGAAGCCGUACAGCGAGGCGACGGCCCGUCUGAUCGAUUCGGAGGUGCGGGAUCUUAUUAACAGCGCCUACGUGCGUGCGAAGAAGCUGCUGAUGGAGAAGAAGGCCGACGUCGAAAAGGUGGCGCUGCGCCUGCUGGAUAAGGAGGUGCUGGAUAAGAGCGACAUGGUGGAGCUCCUGGGCCCGCGGCCGUUCGCCGAGAAGUCGACGUACGAGGAAUUUGUGGAGGGCACAGGAGGACUGGACGAGGACACGUCGCUCCCCGAGGGACUGAAAGACUGGAAUAAAGAACGAGGGAGCGAGAAGGAGGAGAGCACGGAGGAGCAGGUGGCACGCCAGAUCUCCGGCGACAUGCCGUUCUAAACACAAUCCUCCACCAGAGGCCGACAUUUACAGCAGUGAGUGGGAAAUUGAACAAGGGUCGGGUCGGGGCUGGUCAUGUGACCUUCCUGAUCCACACGCAGACCUUCAUGGUAUCACAGGUUGGUGUGUGCUGCAUAGCUGAACAUGAAGAGGUGUUUUUUUUUUUUUAUUUUUUUUUUUUUAUAUAUAAAUGUAGAGGUGGUGUUCUAGCAGUUGGUCACUGAAUCGCAGGUGGGUUUUGGAGCACGCUGCUGAAGAUCCAUAUUUUUGAAUUUUGCUUCACUGACUAAGAUAAGCAGAAGUGAUGUACGAUGAAUGUUCCUUAAGAAAUGUGUAUAAAAUUAAAUUAAAUUAUUCCUGGUCAUAGUUGCUUCUGUGAAGAUCUCAUACCACACCGUCAUCGCUCAUGUCUGCUUUGUAAAUCAGAUAAUUAGAAGUAAAUAGAUUCUCGGUUCUUUUCUCAGUGCAGGGAAACUCCAGAUGUAGUGGAUGGAUAUUGGAUUAAAAAACGCUGGAGUGUUGCUUUAACCGGCAAGAAGCGGGUACUUGCAUCAUCUGUAUGUUUUCCAUAAGCCUUUAUAGGUAAAUGUAUAUUUCCAUCUAAAGGCAAUCCUAAUUUUUGAUUUGGCUUUAUAUAUUAGUAAUUUAUUUAUUAUACGCCUGGCAGAUUAUACUGACAAGCAAAUGUCUUAUUACCUUCAAGAGAGACAUAAGAGAGAGGCGACAACUCUUUAUAGCUGCUGUAACAUAAGCGGUAUAACAUACUUGUUUCAUGGAUGUUCCUUGACAUUGAAUGUAACUAUAAACGGAUUAAAAAGUAUACCAUUUAAUUCUUGAAUUAAUAAAAAAAAAAAAUGCACUUGUUGGCUUUGGUAUAAGAGGAAUAAAGCACUUCAGGAUGUGGUGUUAAUAAUCAGGAAAAUAAUCAACUUUGGGGUGGGAACGGUAACGCCGCAUCAUCAGACCACACCGUCAUUGGUUAUUUACCUAUAACGGCACAGCACAGAGUUCAUUAUUCAUCACUGAGUAAUUCUCAUAACACGAUAUAUCUAAAUACAGAUCCAUUCAGUAUCGGGUGUUUCUGCGGCAGGUAUCGAGGUUGGAUUGUGUAAUAGUACCUGUAUUUGUAUUUUGUGGAAUGGUUUUGAGUGUUUGAAUAAAUGUAGGUAAAUAUGUGGUUA